AUGGCGAACAAUCAAUCCGCACAAGAGAUUAUCAAGACAUUGAAUCUCUCCCCACACCCAGAAAAGGGAUACUACGUCGAGACCUUCCGCGACCGCAAUUCAUCAAACGAUCGCUCACAUAGCACGUGCAUUUAUUACCUUCUCGAAGGAAAAAGUGGCCUCUCGCAAUGGCACCGUGUCCUCGAUGGCGUCGAGGUAUGGCAUUACUACGCUGGCGCCCCUAUGCAACUCUCACUAUCCUGGAAUGAUGGAACACCCAUCCGGGACACGAUUCUAGGGAUUGAUUUUGCAGCGGGCCAACGGCCUCAGAAAGCUGUUGAGUGCCAAGAGUGGCAGCAUGCCCGAAGUCUAGGGCCUUGGACCUUAGUUGGUUGCACGGUUGCACCGGCCUUCUUAUUUGAGUCAUUUGAGAUGGCUGAAGCGGGAUGGGAGCCUCGCUCGGACAAAGAGAUUAAAGACCAGUAA